AGUUUUCGUUAGUAACCGUCCAAACAUGAUCUGAAAUCUGUCGAAUGGUCGGUUGGGCAGACAGACUGAAAAAAUGCAUCAAAUUCCUUGACUUCAAAAACGUGUCAAAAUUCCUUUCUUUUGACAUUAGGAUAAAAAAAUUCAAAAUGUCUGGUAACAGAAACAAGAAGAAUGGUAAAAAAAACAAGUUCGGUAAUACUCCCGAAGUACUUCAAGUCAAAUCGGUAAAAUUAGAAACCCACAAAGCUAAUAAUAAGGACGGCAAAUCCAACGCGAAAUCCGAGGACAACUUGCGAAAAGGCCGGAAAUUCAACAUUUUAAAAAGCCAUCUUAAUUACGACAACGAUCCCAUCAGUAAUGAAGGUGGUAUGGCAGAGCUAGAAACUUGCUUGGCGAAAAAAUUCAAAUCAUUAUCUUUAAGCAAUGAAGGUGAAAACAACAUGCCUAGUACUAGCAUGUUGAAAAAAAGUAUAGAAGAACCUUGCGUCGACGUGAAGAAAACUAACGCUCCGGAAGAUGAGCUUCCCCUGGUUAUGGAAUAUUGUCCAGAGUUCGUACACGAAAAAGUCGAACAGCCAGAAGACUUCGCCGCAACUUACAAAUAUUACACUAAAAACACGAAAUCUAUUAAGUUCACAAAUCAAGUUACGGUUCUUUACUUCAACGGAGAGGACAUUCUUUGCGAAUCCAUGGAACCUCUGAAGAAGGAACAAGAUCAACAACUACGAAACAAAGAGAUGAGAAAGGAACAUCUAAUGAGCAAAGGGCCAAUCGAUAACUUAUAUUUAUUUUAAAAUAAAAUCUUUACAUUA